AUGACAAGAAUAAAUCAAUUCGCUAAUAAUUUCAAUAAUUCUCAAGAGUAUCCAAAUAAUAUCAAAGCUGCAUAUCAGCCAGAUGUGAAAGUGAAAAAUAGUGAUUUUACUCUGAACCAUUCUUACCAUCUUCCUCCUUCUCUUCAUCCAAUUCAAUCUGAUUCUAAUACAAGUGAUAUUUUCGGUACUAUUGGUACUAUUAAGGAACCAAAAAUGAUUAAAAAAACUUGUGCUCGUUGUAAAGAAUCAAAUAAAUGUAUUAAAUUGUUAUAUUCGAAAAUUGGCAAAGUUGAAGAAUUGGUCAAUUCUUUGGCUAAAAACACGGUUUGUCAUAAGGCCCCAUAUAACCGCAAUAAUAUUAAGAACCAACAAAUUGGCAAAAAAUUGAAUAAAAACAACGCGUCUAAAACUUGGGAAAUUCCACAAAUUGUCAUCCAACGACCUGACGAUAAUUAUGAUGCACCUGAUACGUCUAUGGCCCCGAAUUUAAACACAUCUGCACCUUUUGAUCUUUUUACUAACGGAAGAGAUAUUUCUUCAUAUAGUCUUGAAGAUUUGCAAAAGGCGAUUAUGACUUUAACCAGAGCAAUGAUCUAUCCUUCGAGAAAUUGA